GCCAGCUGGAACAAAUGCACAACUGUCCUACAAUAUCUGCAGGGCUGUGCUGUAUAAAAGGAGAGGCGAUAAGUGUGAGGCCACCUUGCAGCUGUGGAGUCAGGAUGAAGCUCUUUGCCCUCUUCUCUCUUUUGGCCUCUUUGCUCUGUGUGGCACACAGCAACAGCCUGGACUCGUGUCAGGGUCGUUGUGGUUUUGGAACCAGCAGCGGUUUCUCCUGUCAGUGUAAUCCGUCCUGUGAGCGCUUCAAGGACUGCUGUUCCGACUAUGUUCAACUUUGCAAAGCUGGAGCCGCAUCUUGCACAGGCCGAUGCGACGAGAAGUACAACUCUGAGAACAAGUGCCACUGCAACUCCAAGUGCACUCAGUUCAGCAACUGCUGCAGCGACUAUCAGCAUGUGUGCGACGGUGAUGCAGGAGGCGCUUCGGUCAUCACUGACGCUGAGAUCAAGUCCGUCUCAGAGGCACUUUACGCUCUGGACUCAAACCGGGCCUCGCCCUCAGAGUUGGUGAUGGACUCCCAGGCUCUGGUCCCAGGUUCUGAGAGCGGCUCCCAGUCAGACCUUGCCUCUCGCCCUCUUUUCCGCUACCUGGACGAGGGGUCCCUGUUCUCGCGGCCCACCUACGCCGCCCUCCUGGCUCUGCUGGACAACUACAACAGGAUGACGGGGCACGCGGAGGACGUCACACCCGAGGAGACGGCGGAGCAGGACAGCUUCCUGAAGGAGACCAUGUCCAACACUGAGCUGGGCCGGGAGCUCUUUGCCUUCUUAUAUACCAAAGGUGUCUACACAUCCGAGAAGGACUUCCUGCACGACCUGAAGAUGAUGUGGUUUGGUCUGUACUCCCGGAACAACAGGAAGAUGGACUCCAGUGGUUUUGAGCACAUUUUUGCAGGUGAGAUCAAGGGAGGAAAGGUGUCCGGCUUCCACAACUGGAUCCAGUUUUAUCUUCUGGAGAAGAGAGGACUGCUGAAUUACUACAGCCACAGCUUCAACGGGCCUUGGACAAACUACCCGGAUGUGCUGGGCAUGCAGUUCAUGUGGGACGGCUACUUCAAGCAGGUGGGCUCCGCAGUCAUUGGCUGCAGCCCUGAGUUUGACUUUGCCAUGUACAGUUUGUGUUACAUCACCCGACCUGGGAAGCAAUGUCGUCUGAGUCUGGGAGGAAAGGAGCUGAUCAUCCAAACGUACACGUGGGACAACUCUUCCUACGGGGACGGGAAGAAGUAUAUUGGCACCGCUUAUCCCGCAACACCCAGGAGCUGAAGCCAUGCAGGAGUCUACUUUAUAUAAUUCUGCCAAUUGACUGAUUAUGUAAAUCAGGGGUGUCCAAACUUUUUAAUUUGGGGGCUUAAAAAAUGUGUCCGGGAGCCGAAAAGCGACUGCAUGUAAAUUAAAUACAUUAUAAAUACA